CUAAGAAAGCAUCAAACGUCUACAUGAAGCCAACAUCUGGCUGUGUGAUGAUUUCGAUUUUUAUCGCCCUUGUCUUUCCCAGCUUAGCUGCUGGCUUCAGCAAAGUCAUAGAAGUAACUCAACCGUCGUUCCUGGUGGUUAAAAGGGAAGAGGCUGCCCACUUUGCGUGUGAAUACAGGAAUGGUGGCAAUGCAGAGGGACUCGUGAUAACUUUACUUAAACAUCUUGGCAACGAGUCUCUCAGGAUGUGUGCUUCAUGGCUUACUGCUGGGUAUGAGCCGUUCAUUGUGAAGGAUGGCAUCAAGUGCCAAGUCCACCGUGGUUACAAUGGUGUCAACGUUACUCUGUGGGGUCUGCAGCCGACUGAUGCUGGUCUGUAUAUCUGCAAGAUGGAACGGAUUUUCCCACCACCCUACAACCAAGUCAUGGGAAGGGGAACCCAGCUCUAUGUGGUUGACACAGAUCCAUGCCCAGACCCGCAACUCUAUCUUUGGAUCACAACAGCAGUAGCUUCUGGAUUGUUUGUAUACAGCAUUUUAAUCACAACCUGCGUUAUGAGAAAGGCUAUACGGAAAAGCAGCUAUUUUACUCCUGGGGUCUAUGAGAAAAUUGUACCAAUGUAACCGGGAAAAAGAAAGGAAAACUGCCGCGGAAAAGGACGAAACGGUGUUGAUUUCUACCAAGUAACGACAGUGAAAAUAAAUGUCUAAUAAACAGGAAUGCAAUUUGUUACUUCCAGAUUGGAUCACAACAAAGAGAGAUGCAACACAUCAACAAAAGAAUACUAAAUUGACACUGCAAAGACUGGUUCUUGAGUUCCUUAGGAUGUAACCAAUUCACUCCACAGUGUGAACUCCCAAGUACCCCUCUUCUUUGCAAAAUCUCCCCACAAAUUCUUCAAUAACAAAAAUAGCAUUAUGCUUAGGGUCGGGCUAUAUACAGUCUGCAGAAUCAGCUGCUACAGCUUUUCCUAGACUGUACCACUUCAGGCUGAAAGUAGGGGUGUUGUUUACAUGUUCGAAUGCUUCCCCUCAAACAAACUGAACAAUAUAACACAACACGAUGGCCAAUAACAAUGGCACUAAACACUAUUUAUAGACUAAUACAAAUGAUCAGAAAUUACAACCAAAGUCUCUAAAUCUUCUUCACCAGUUGCAGUAGAAUAAUUCACAAGUUUGAUAUAUACAUAACCAGUCACCAAGCAUCGCCGGAACAGAGUUUCCGGAUAUCCAAUCUGUUUCGUUCAAUGCUUCAUCAGCCAAUCUUGCUCAAUUCUUCAUUAGCCAGACUUGUAAGAAUUAAUACGAGAAGCUGUGUUAUAUUGUUCAGCUUGUCUGUAUUGCAACACAGGGGUUUGUUUACAGAUCCCCUCAAACAAAAGCAUGUAGCCUUACCUUUUUCAUGUACCAUCCGGUUGUGGCUGUGUUUUGUUGUUGUUGUUUCGUUUUUACUUUCUCUAACUUGCACUGUUUAACAAAACCAAACCCUGACUCCUUCUAGAAGCAAUCCCGGCCAAUGAGGCAGAGAGACAAAGCCUAUCCUCACCCAGCCAAUUAUAUAUAGCUAUACGAUGAUGUCCGAAAGUCACAUCAGAAUAAGUACAGGGAAAACUGCCCGUACGCCAAAGAGACUUCCUGUUUAUACCAUGUAGCCUAUCAGACGAGAACAUGGGACGACAUCAUGAAUCCGCGUUGGAGGAAAGGCAAUGCACCCAUCCUCCUUGCUCCAAAACUGGCAAGUCUUCUGCUUCGCUAUAGAGUCUUCCCCAAAUGGGAGGGCGUUUAGGAGAAGCAAGUGUUUUAAUUACUUGCUUUAUGUCAACCCUAG